AAACAUCAUGGCCAUGAUUACAAAUUACAAUGAUGAGUUACCAAUUAAACCUAAAUUCCAAAACAAAUCUUUCUUUUACUUAUUUUUCAACCUCCUUCUCACUUUUCCCUCCUUUUUUAUUUCAGUAUUGCUUGCUUGAACUCUCCUCUACUCUCAUAUGUCUCAAAUCUUCUCCCUUACAGCUCUCUUUUUCUAUAUAUUUGCAAAAUUUGCCCUAAUUAUCUGCAUCUUUUACAUACUUUAUUAUGCAUCUCUCUCUUCUUAUUAUCCCACAAAAUCCUUCAUCACUCUUCCAAUCAGAUUUACUUCUUAAUUUCUUUAUGAUCCUAAAGGAUAAAAUAUAAUUCGCUCAACAAAUACACAAUUAGGAGGUUAAGGCACUUAUGGGUAGCAGAGCCAUCUAUUCUCUAAUCUUUCUGAUUUUUGCUAUUUAUCAUACUUCAGGUACAAAACAUAGACACAUCAAAUCAAUUUCCAAUACAAAAAAAGAUAUUACAACUCCCAUAACAACGGUUCCAACGAUCAUUCCGGCCAAUCCGACUACAUCAUCGACUCCGAUCGAAAAUCCAAAUAAUUCAGACCCGGAUUCGACAUCACCGGCAACAAUGACACCGAUAGUAACUCCAUCAACUUCACCAGGGUCUAGUUGGUGUAUGGCUAGCCCUAGUGCAUCACCAACAGCAUUACAAGUAGCUUUGGACUAUGCUUGUGGCUACGGCGGGGUUGAUUGUUCGGCAAUUCAGUCGGGUGGAAGGUGUUAUAAUCCAAAUACGGUUCGUGAUCAUGCUUCUUAUGCAUUCAAUGGCUACUAUCAGAAGAAUCCUGUACCCAGUAGCUGUAUUUUUGGAGGCACUGCUGUUACUACUAGCACUGAUCCAAGCAUUGGGGCAUGUCAAUUUCCAUCCACUAGUACAAGCGCCUCAAUUUUGAACAUAACAAAUUCUAAUGGAGCAACAGUUUUUGGAGCAGUGCCUUCAAACCCAUCCCCUUCUACACCAACACCCGCUGCUGCGCCUAAAGUCGAUGCUAUUAAAAUUAAGUUGGUGACGUGUCUCAUCAUCUUGCUUUCGGCUAUGCAUUAUCUUCAUUAAUUUUUGCAGGAUUAAUUGCAAGUUAACUCAAAAAAUCUAGUGUAAUUUAUAAUUACAAUACGAACUUUAAAUUUUGAUAACAUCAAACACGGACUAUUAAUUUUUUUAUAAUUUCGGAACAUCGAACAAUUUUCCGCUAAAGAAUAAUGUAAACACUAAUGUAUACACAUAUUAUAACAUAUAUAUAUGCAUCAAUUUUUUUAUCAAAAAAUUGUCAGGUGUUCCGAAUUAUAAAAAAUUAAUAAUUUAUGUUUGACAUUAUUAAAAGUUAAAGUUCGUAUCAUAAUUUCAAAAUAUACUAAAAUUUAUAGUUUAUAUUGCAAUUAAUCCUUUUCUUUUUGUGUGUAUAUAUAUAGUCAAUCUCUCAAUUGCUUGCUAGUCUACGUUUUUUCAAGAGACUUAGAAAGCAUAAAUGUUUUAGCCUUAGGCAAUAUAGGUUUAAUUAAUUACUUGCUCUAUAUGUGUAAAUUAGUGUCAAUGAUCCAAGUUUAGCAGGCAACACAAAGUUUACAAUGAGUGUCAGUAAAAAAUUUCGUCUUCUUUA